AUUAUCAAAGAUCUCAAAAUCAUUGAUUUUAGUUUACCGGUAUUUUAAAAGCACUUUUAUGGAUUUCCCAUUUAUAUAUUUUGUUUUAACGAGUUCUGAGUGAUGGAAACAAAUAAUUUAAGUACACCUAAACUUAGAGCUAGAAUUAGUGCAACAUCCACAGUUGAUAGACCAAAAAUAAGAAAGAAUUAUGUAAAAAACGAGGAGACAUUACUCGUGGACAAAUCCUCGGCAAACAGCGAAGUCUUUGCUUACGAAGUAUCUGAAAUCAAUCUAAGCCACGAUUUAGAAAAUCAAAGGAAAUUAGCGAGUAGCUCAUUGUAUCGAGCAUCUAAAUUUGGUGCCAUACCAUCACCACUAUUGAGACCAAAUCUAGCUUACACACAAACUAAUACACAAAUUCAGUAUGACAGUACCAUUAAUGAAAGUGACCUGAUUCAAACUCCCAAGAAUACCUCAACUCCACGUUCUUCAGUUAUAAAUGACUUUAAAACUGAUUCUGUCAAGUUUCGGGAAUCUAUAGCCCAGUUCACUAAAAUGUUAGAGUCAAAUGUUAGUAUAGAUAGUGUAGUUGAAGAAUUUAAGAAACUUUCAUCUGCCACAAAAAUUGAAAGUGAAAUCACAGCUGAUAGUGAAAUGUUUAUGCCUGCAGAAGAAGCAAAUUCUAAAUUAUUAGCAGAUGAAAUGUCAUGGAAAAGAAAACAUGAUAUUCCUGCCAGUAUGAAUUACUCAUCGUUUCGUGAGAGUGUUGGAGUACCCUCUAUAUCUGUUGGAGAAUAUUUUCAACAAAAAUCAGAUAACAUAUCAUAUAUCCAGGAAGCCAUUAGCCCUGAAAAGCCAUCAAAGAUUAGUGCAUUGGUUGAUUUAUCCCAUGAUCUAUCUACCAACUCAAAUACUGGCAUGGUUAAGACUAAAAGUCUGAGUAUUAGUGCAAUCAGACAACUUCUUGCAGAGACGGAAGAUUCACCUAUGAAAGUCAUAAACUAUUUGUCAAAUAAAAUGAAAAAUAAAUCUGAAAAUGUUAUUACCAAUUUGGAUAACAAAUUAGAAGAAACAGUAAGCCUUCCAGUCAGUAAGAAUUCUUCUUAUACAAGUGCAUUUUCUGAAAAUGAAGCAUUGAAUGCUCUUGAAACCAAUAAAGAAAAUAUUAAGCCACCAUGUACCGACAAAACACUAGAAGAUGCACAUCAGGAACUACAUUUAUUGAGAUUACCUAGCAGAAGUUCAAGCUCCCUUACCAACUUGCCUGAUGGUAAACUCCCCAUCGAGAGUACAAAGAGUGAGCUUGUAUGGGGAUGUGUUAAAGUUGACAGAUAUGUAACUAAGGAAUUUUUAUUACGGAAUAGAACCUCUAAGACUAUACGUUUACAGUGCUUUUUAUCAACAUAUGAAUUUAAGAUUAGAAAGGACAAUAGAAUAGAUGCGGAAAUCCCAAAUGGUUACAAAUUUUUACUUCAUGGGCAUGAAUCCAGGCAAAUAAUGAUUUCUUUUACACCAACAAAAGUGGGUGGAGCAAUAGAUGAGUUAUGUUUUACACCUCUAGAUUCAAAUCUAAUUCAAACUAAGAAGCAAUGUAUAAGAUUGUUUGGAUAUGGAGGUUACACAAAUAUUGAAUUUCAAAAUUCCAUUAAAGACAACACUGGAAAACUUUGGUUAUCUUUAGGCAGGAUGGAAAAUAAAUUGAGUUUGCAUCAAACAUUUGGAAUAAGAAAUUCGGGAAAUCUCCCUAUGUUUGUGUAUAUUAAAUUUAUCGGAAAACAUUUUUUAACAAAUUCUAAUUUCAAAGUGGAACCGAGCAUAUUUGUAUUAACCCCAAGUGAAGAAAAAAACAUUGUUGUAUCCUACGUACCAAAUGCUAAAGACAGCAAAAUAUUGAAACAAUCAUUAAGUGUUUUACCUGUAACUGAUAUUGGCAGAUUAGAAAUUGUAUCUGGCUCAGAAGUUAAUAGAGCUCGCUUAAAAAGACUUUAUCGAAAACGGGUGGAAAGAAAACUGCCUGUUGAUUCAUUGAGUUCAGUUUUGGUCGAAAAAGUGAAGGGAGAAAUAGUUCCCAAAGAUAUACAUAAAUUUAAAGAAAGUCCAUCUGCUCUUGAAGACAUUUUGUCAACAUUCAAUAUAAAUGAAUUCAUUUUGACAGUUGAACAGGAUCCAAAUCAAACACUUGUAGCGGAAUUUCCAGAAGAUUCUGCGUUUUUUCAGACCUUGUGUACUGAGAGUACUCAGCUACUUAAUGACACCACAAUGAGUCAUGUAUCUUGCAAAUUGGAACCUCCCAUUAUUUUCCUCUCUCCACCCAUGAAAAGUGAAGAUUGUCUCUAUUUAAGUUCAGAAAUGACAAAAAGUGCAACUUUUGAAGCAGCUUGUACACCAGUUGGAUUGCAAUUAACUCCUACUACUGGGACCAUGUUGCCUGGUGAAACUGUAUUAUUUAAAAUAAAAGCAACAAAUAAUGUGCCCACAAAACAUUUUAAAGUAUCGAUCAAUGUUGAAAAUGUAGUUUUAGAUGCAGAUAUUAAAAUCCAUGGUGUAAAUUAAGACUCCUAUAGGCUUAGGCCCAGAUACUGGGACAUUGUCUUUAACUUUAUA